AUUGACUUUCAGGUAUGUGAGAAGUCACUGUGGCCCACAGCAAUCAGUAGGAAAAAUCAUAAAUUCAAUAUGGCACCCAUUUUAGAUUGGAAGAAGCUUAUGAAAGUUGAUCCAGAUGCUCUGCCUCAUCAAGAGGAACUAGCGGACAGAUUGCUGGAGAACAUAUCCAAGGUUGAUGGCAAAGACUUAAAAACUGAAACUCUGGAACAACUGAUACACCUUUUUAAAAUUACUCAGUCACUAAUGAAGAUGAAAACUCAAGAGGUAGAGCUGGCACUAGAAGAAGUCGAAAAAGCUGGGGAAGAGCAAGCCAGAUGUGAAAAUCAAUUUAAAACAAAGGUGAUGAAACUUCAAAAUGAAUUAGAGAUGGCACAAAGAUCUGCUGGUGGUCGUGAUACUCGGUUUUUGCGUGAUGAGAUCCACCAACUGGAAAAACAAUUAGAACAAAAAGAGAGACAGUUAGCAGAUCUAGAAAAAGAAUUGGAAAAAGAGAAGAAAGUGAAUGAACAGCUUGCUCUUCGAAAUGAAGAUGCUGAAAAUGAAAACAUCAAAUUAAGGAGAGAGAAAAAACGCAUAAAGAAAAAGAAUGAACAAUUGCGUCAGGAUGUAGUUGACUAUCAGAGGCAAAUAGAUUCUCAAAAAGAAGCAAUUCUAUUACGAAGAGGAGAGGAUUCUGAUUACAGAUCACAGUUGUCCAAAAAGAACUUUGAGCUUGUCCAGUAUUUGGAUGAAAUUCAGAAUUUGACUGAAGCUAACGAGAAGUUAGACAUUCAAAACCAAGAGAUGAGGAAGAAUCUUGAGGAAUCAGUGCAAGAAAUGGAGAAGAUGACUGAUGAAUACAACAAAAUGAAACUAAUUGUGCAACAAUCUGAUAUUGUUAUGGAUCAGUUAAGAAAAGAGAAAGAACAGUACAAAUUUCAAGUUCAGGAGCUUGCAGACCAGCUGAAAGCAAAGAAUGAGGAAGACGAUCCACUCAUGGCAGCUGUAAAUGCAAAAGUUGAGGAAUGGAAGAAAAUCUUAUCUUCAAAAGAUGAUGAACUCCUACAGUGUCAGCAAAUGUUGUUUAACUUGAAAGAGAAAAUGAAAAUGGCCCAACUUGAUGUAGACAGAAACAGUAUACUGGCCCUUCAGCAGGGUGUGCAAGAGCGAGAUGCUCAGAUAAGAUUGCUUACUGAGCAAGUUGAACAGUAUACCAAAGAAAUGGAACAAAAUGCAUUUGUUAUUGAGGAAUUAAAAAAUGAUCUCCAAAAAGAUAAAGGUCACUCAUCUCUUGCUCAGCAGAAUCGUAUUGGCGAUAUGCAAGAAAAGUUAAAAGUGCUAGAAGAGAGAACUAAGGAGGCUGAGAAAUCAGUGGAAUUAGCAGAAGCAGAUGCUAGAGAAAAGGACAAAGAGCUCGUUGAGGCUCUGAAACGAAUGAGAGACUAUGAAAUGGGGAUAUAUGGUUUGGAAGAGGCUGUUGCUGAAAUAAAAGAUUUUAAAAAUCAAAUCAAAAUACGAGAUCAUGAGAUUGAAACAUUAGUUAAGGAAGUCAAUAAACUUGAACUUAAAAUAAAUGAUUUUCUUGAUGAAAAUGAAGAACUCCGAGAGCGAUUAGGUCUUGAGCCAAAGACAAUGAUUGACUUAAAUGAAUUCAGAAACAGCAAAGCACUGAAGAAGCAGCAAUAUAGAGUUGAAAACCAGAUUCUUUUGCAAGAGAUUGAAAGACUUGAAGAGGAAAGGAUUGAACUGAAAAAACAGGUUCGUAGGUUGGCUCAGGAGAAAGGAAGAAGAGUUGCAACAAUAGGACUGGAUGCUGAUGAUAUGCAGAUAACUGAUAGCUUUUCUGAAGAGAAGGGAAUGCAUAAGAGGAAGUUGGAUUUCUUGAACAGACAUGAUAUUGCUGAACUAAAAGCAAAGAAUGAGUAUCUUGCCAAUGAAUUAAGUGUGAGAGAGAGAGAUUUGGAGAAGAACAGGACUGUAAUAGCCAAAUUUCGAUCUAAACUAAAAGAAUUAUCAGAAGAGAAUAAACAACUUGAACAAGGAAUGAAAGAAAUAUUGCAAGCUGUCAAGGAAAUGCAGAAGGAUCCUAGUGGGAAGGGAGGAGAAACAGCCUUAAUAAUCCCUAGCCUGGAUCGUUUAGUUAAUGCAAUGGAAUCAAAGAAUUCAGAAGGAAUCUUUGAUGCUAGUGUGCACUUGAAAGCUCAGGUUGACCAGCUUACAGGACGAAAUGAAGAAUUAAGACAGGAACUGAAAGAGACUCAGAAGGAGGCAACAAAUUUCUCUAGUCAGCUGGCAAAUGCAAAUGAAAAGAUUGCACAACUGAAAAAUGAAAUUUGCUUAUUACGUCAUUCAGAAGGUGCCAAUACUGUCUUCCGAACAGUGAAUCUUCCAGAAGGAAUGGUUCCUUCCAGUGUUAAUGUGAUUAAUUCUUUGAAUGAAUAUUUAAUACACCUUUUACAGGAACUGGAAAAUAAAGAACAGUUACUUAAACAAUUAGAAGAUGCAGUAGAGGACUACAAGCGAAAAUUUGCAGUAAUUCGUCAUCAACAAGGCUUGCUGUAUAAAGAAUAUCAAAGUCAAAAGGAAAGCUGGCAGAAAGAAUCAGAAGAUAUGAAAGAGGAAAAGAAAAAGCUAGAAGAGCAAAAAGAACAGGAUGCUACAAAAAUAAAGGCAUAUUCUAAUUUACUCAACGCACUUCAACUGGAUCCUGAUGAAACAAAAAAAGCACUUGCAGAAAAUAAUAGAAAAAUAACUGUUUUACGAGUUAAUGAAAGGUCACUAACAAGGCAGUAUACUACCUUACUUGAAACGGAACGGCAUCUUAGAAAAGAAAAUGAGAAACUAAAGGGUGAAAUAACAAAUAUGGAGACUGCAGUUAUGGGGAAGAUUGGAAGCUUGCAACGAUUCAAGGAAAUGGCUAGCUUUAAGAUUGCAGCUCUGCAAAAAGUGUUGGACGGUAGCGUGCCUUUGUCUGAGCUAGAACUGGCUAAUAAGCAGUAUAAUGCAUUAACUGCUAAAUACAGAGAUAUGUUACAAAAAGAUAACUUGCUCGUCCAACGGACAACAAACAUGGAACACAUGGAGCAUGAGAAUAAAUCCUUGAAAGCACAGAUAAAUUUAUUGAAUAAAGAACUGGAGAUCACGAAAGAGAAACUUCACACUGUAGAACAGGCUUGGGAACAGAUGACUAAACUCGGAGAUGACAAUGCCUUGGACAAGGCCACAAAAGCUAUAACUAACAGUGAGAUUUUGUCCAUUUCUAAGAAAAUCACGAUGUUGGAAAUGAAGGAACUAAAUGAAAGACAGAGAGCAGAACAUUCACAACGAAUGUAUGAACACUUAAGGAACACUGUAAAGCAAAUAGAAGAACGUAAUUUUGAAUUGGAAACAAAAUUUGCUGAGCUCACCAAAAUCAACCUUGAGGCACAGAAAGUGGAACAGGAAUUAAGAGAUGAACUGUCAAAGAGUGUAAGUAAGGCAGUAAGCGAUGCAGACAGACAACAAAUCAUGGACCUAGAGAAGCGUGAGAUGGAACUCAAGCUUGAAGUAUCAAAGUUAAGAGAACUGUCAGAUGUAGCAAAAACACAAGUUGAAGCUCUGGAGGCACGCCAGCAAUACAGAGAUAAAGAAGUGGAAUCUCUUAGAAUGCAAAUUUUAGACUAUCAGGCACAGUCAGAUGAAAAAUCAGUUAUUGCAAAACUACAUCAACAUAUCAUAGCCCUUCAAGGUAGUGAAUCUGUUGCUGUGGGCAAAUUGGAGAUGCUUAAAUCGAAAUUACAGAAGAUGGAGAUUCAUAAUCUACGUUUAGAGCAGAAGCUUGAUGAGAGAGAACAAGCCUUGUAUUUUGCCCGACUGGAAGGAAGAAAUAGAGCCAAACAUCUGCAACAGACAGUUCAGUCUUUGCGGCGACAGUUUAGUGGUGCUCUGCCUUUAGCACAGCAAGAAAAAUUCUCUAAAACAAUGAUUCAGCUACAGAAUGACAAACUGAAGAUUCUGGAAGAAGUUCAGCAUGCCCAGCAGGAGCGUCGAAGUGCAGAAAACAGAGCAUUAGAGAUGGACUUAAAACUGAAAAGUUUAGAAGAAUUAGUAAGUGCAUUGAAGGAUACAAGAGGAGCUCAAAAG